AUGGAGGAGCUGACGUGUGAGUCUGCAGCAGAAUGGAAGAUGCAGCGGCACUUGUGCGCUUUGUUGGCGGAGCAAAACCAGAAGAUGCAGCUUCUUCUGGAGGAGGUGGCUCAACUGAGGGCGGAGAUCAGCAGUGCCAAGAAGCGUUCCCAGGAAGGUCAGGAAGUGAACCAGGCAGCGUCCAAGACGGCUUUGGAAGUCUAUGUCGAGAUGUCUGACUGGGCCCUGAAAAGCUCUGGUGCCACCAUCGACAUGCAGAGAACUUCUGAGACCUACAACUGCAAAGAGAAUUGGGGCUGCAGGGUUUUAUGGUUCUUUCGCCCUGCCAACCCUCCUGAUACUAUCUUGCAGCCGGAUCUUUCCCCAGGAGACUGCUGGCCUUUACAAGGGCCUCAGGGCCAGGUGGUCAUCAGGUUGCCAGCACGAGUCCACCUGACCGCCGUCACGAUGCAGCACAUCUACAAAGAGGUCUCUCCAUCUGGGACCGUCACCAGCGCGCCCAGAGACGUCUCUGUCUUUCACCUGGGGGUUCUUGACCAAAACUCAAGGCAGAGACUGAGCUGCGCCCUAACCAGUGCUAGACUACUGCUAGAGCCGCAGGAGAGGCUGGGCAGAUAA